CAUCGAUGGGGUAGUGGUGGCGGUCAGGUCAUAACCGGAGGUUGGGACAAGAAGGUGAGAGCAGAGGAUACCUAGGCCUCGGCCGAAAAGACGAGUAGCUUUCACCCACAACGAACCCGAAUCAUAAAACGACGACUGAUGGCAGGCCGGCUAGUUAGUUUACUCUUCUUCGUUCUUCUGAUAUAUCUGGCACGAUUGCUGCAACGUAAUCGCGAGGCGUUGAAGGCCGCAUCGUAAAUCGGCCGCGGAACCAACAAGAUUCUUUGCUUUCAGACAUCUGUGAUCUUGGACAGUCAAAGCGACCAAGAUGAUGAAGGGAAAGCAGCAGGGCCUGGUGGCCGACCUUGCGCCCAACAUUAGGGUCAUGAAAAUUUUUGGGCAUUUCGUAUUCAAUUAUUACGAUGAUAAUUCGUCCAAAUACUUGCAUAAAGUGUACUGCUGCGUGAAUCUAUUCUUGUUGCUGUUGCAAUUUGGCCUGUGCGCGGUGAAUCUGAUAAUCGAGAGCGCCGACGUCGACGAUCUCACGGCCAACACGAUCACCCUCCUCUUUUUCACGCACAGCAUUGUCAAGAUCGUUUAUUUCGCCGUAAGGAGCAAGUACUUCUAUAGAACAUGGGCGAUAUGGAACAAUCCGAAUUCCCAUCCGCUCUUCGCCGAGAGCAACGCGAGAUAUCACGCGAUCGCUCUGAAGAAGAUGAGGCUGCUGCUCUUUUUGGUCGGUAUCACCACCGUUCUCGCCGCGAUAGCUUGGACCAUCCUGACUUUCUUCGAGCACCCGAUUAGAAAAGUCGUGGAUCCGGUCACGAACGAGACAACGAUUAUUGAGUUACCGCAAUUGUUGGUCCGUUCGUUCUAUCCGUUCGACGCCGGCAAGGGAAUAACACAUAUAUUGGUACUCAUAUACCAAUUCUAUUGGGUGCUUUUUAUGCUUAUUAACGCCAAUUCAUUAGAUGUUCUCUUCUGUUCGUGGUUAUUGUUUGCCUGCGAACAGCUGCAGCACCUGAAACAGAUCAUGAAACCUCUCAUGGAAUUGAGUGCAACUCUAGACACAGUGGUUCCGAACAGCAGUGAACUCUUUAAGGCUGGUAGCGCGGAUCAUCUUCGCGAAUCGGAGAACAAUCAGCCACCACCGCCAGCACCUCAAGGCGACAGUAUGCUGGAUCUCGAUCUUCGUAACAUAUACAGCAAUCGGCAGGACUUCACAGCAACUUUCCGUCCGACCGCUGGUAUGACCUUCAAUGGUGGCGUAGGACCAAAUGGAUUAACGAAGAAGCAAGAAAUGCUCGUCAGGAGCGCGAUCAAGUAUUGGGUGGAGAGACAUAAGCAUAUUGUCAGAUUGGUUACCGCGGUCGGGGAUGCAUACGGUUUCGCGCUUUUGCUCCACAUGUUAACGACGACCAUCACUUUAACGCUGCUCGCCUACCAAGCGACGAAGGUGAACGGUAUAAACGUAUAUGCGGCCUCCACGAUCGGCUACGUGCUCUACACGUUCGGCCAGGUCUUUUUGUUCUGCAUAUUCGGAAACCGCUUGAUAGAAGAGAGCACCUCGGUGAUGGAGGCGGCUUAUUCUUGCCAUUGGUAUGACGGGUCGGAGGAAGCUAAAACAUUCGUACAGAUCGUGUGUCAACAGUGCCAGAAAGCUAUGUCAAUAUCGGGGGCGAAAUUCUUCACGGUGUCUUUAGAUCUCUUCGCUUCGGUACUGGGAGCCGUGGUGACUUACUUCAUGGUGUUAGUGCAAUUGAAAUGAAUGUUCGACUCCAUGCGUUUCGGAUGCAGUCUCUUACAUUGCACACGGCUGUGCAAGAUUAUAUUUUUUAACAUAUUUACAAGAAUCCAAAUGGAGCAUUCAUAUUGUGAAGAUUCUCGGGAGUAUUUUGCGUCUUUAUGGACGCGUAGUGAGAAUCGCGGAUUGGAAGCACAGUUGCUAUCUUUAGAGUAUUGGUUUUAUCGGAGAUCUGCUCAUUCAUCGAUAUUCGAUAUAUUUGAAAUGAAUAUUGUUAUUACAAUGCUUUUUCUAAAAGAGAGAUCAUGAAAAAAUAAGUUUUUCUGUUGGAGAUUCCUUUUGAAAACCAAAUGUAUACAGAGAUGUAUAUCUGUAUAUUCCUCUUUCUUCCCAAAAAAGGGUUACCAAAAUUUAAAACCGGUUUAGUUAACCGAGUAUUUUUUCUGUUUACCGAAGAUUUGUUUAAAAACCAGAGAAGUAUCAAUGCGAUUAGAAGCUACAUGUCAAAUUUGAGCGAUAAAAAUGGAAGAAAUUAUUUUUACUGUUAUUUAAGAAGUAUAAGCGAUAAAUAUAUUCUUUUUUUAUUAUUAUCUAAGUUAUAAAGUGACAAAUAAGUUCUAGUAUACGAGAAGAAAUUUCAAUUUGUUUUCAAGGCUAUGUUUAUUAACUAAUAAAAAUAUUUAAUGCAAUUAUUUUUUAAUUAUGUCAUCUUUUGUUUCUAUCAUUAGUCAAAAUUGUUUCCUCCUAUAGCACAUAUCAUAUUUUGUGUAUACGAAGAUUUUUUUUUUUAUUAAAACUUCAGAUUAAUGAUAAGGAAACAAAAGAAAAUAUAAUUAAAUGAUAAAUGCAACAGAUAUUCAUUAUUGUUUACUGAACAAAAGACUAAAAAUAAAUUUAAAUUACGCUUAUUCAUUCUAAA